AUGGAGACCUGUUAUCGCACACUUUGGAUGACAGUUGUUCUGGCAUCGAUUACGUGGAUAUCAGCCGCGGUAGGGCCGGUUAUCCGGUGCGAACCUUGUGAUGCUGGAGCCCGGCUCCUGUGCAAGCCGUUGCCCAAGGACUGCGCAGAGAGAGUUCGCGAAACUGGCUGCGGGUGCUGCAUGACUUGCGCGCUGGCAUUUGGACAGCGGUGCGGGGUGUACACGGGGAGAUGUGGCUCCGGGAUGACAUGCCAGCAGCAGCCCGGCGAGACGAAACCUCUCCAAGCUCUGCUGGAGGGACGAGGACAGUGUGCGAACGUGACCAUUAAAAGACCCACCGCCUCUUUACCUGCAAUCAAUGAGAUACAAGGUAAAUGCCAAGAUGAGGACGCAUUUUGUAAAGGUUUUUACGCAUGGUUUGCCAAAUGAUUAUUAUAUUGUUAUAAUAAUGUCGCCUGUAAAAAUAUAAAUAAUUUUGCUUGUCAUCUUAAACAUCUGGAUGCAAGGUAGCCUAAAGUAUCAUUUAUCACCUUGAGCUAUCCUGUAGGAUGAAGCCAGCCUGCGCGUAAUAUAUCCAAUAUUGACACAAUUGGAUAGACACAAUUGUACUGUCGGUUUCUAUUAUGGUCAAUUCCACUGCAAGAAUGAUGUAUUUUCGCUAUUUUAAUUAUUGAUAUCAUGGUUUUAACUCAUUAUCUGGUUGAUAUUGAUGUUUGACCCUGUAAUUUCGCUGUAUUACAGCGGGUUCCUCUCUAUGAUUCUUUCAUCACUUUGUGGAAUUUUCAAACUGGGACUGUGUGAUACAACUGGGACAGUGUGAUACAACUUAAUUUCAAUCUAUAUUGUGGUUUCCAAUUGUAAAUCAAAACUAAUAUACAUUUUGUAAUCUUAAAAUGUUAUCUAACCAUCAAAGUCUCCUCUCUACCCUCCUGUCUUCAUCAGUAAUGAAUGUGCAACUAUUAUUAAUUUGGAUGAACUUCAAGGGAGAGACAAAAAAAAACACCUGAACCAGCACAGCUAGACCAUUCACGUGAUCAAAACAUACAUCCAUUAGCAUUAUUAUACUAAGUAUCAUACUUAUAAUACAUUAUACAUAAAAUGGUUAUGUAAUAUUGGGAAUGCUUCCAAUUGUGCCACAACAACAUUAACUCACAAACAAAAUAAUUUUUGACAGAGAAUGUGGGUGGUACUCAGGAGGAGGAGCAAAACACCACUGCCCCAGUGAUCCAAGCCCCCCAAGCCCUUUUCAGCACCAGCAGACCUCAUGUAGUCCCCCCCAGAGUCCCCCACCACCCCUCUCCCCUCCACCCCAUCAAGGCAGAGGUCAUCCGCAGGGAGCAGCUGAAGAGGGCCCAGAGCUACAAAAUGGAGGAACUCCCUGGAGCUCACAGCACAGACCAACAGAACUUCUCCCUGGAAUCCAAGCAGGAGCCAGUGUAUGUGAGUACCAGGUCCACUGUUUUCCUUUCUCUAGGAACAGUGUGUUAAAGAAUGUUCUCCUCUUCAUCCUUCUUCGCUUUGUGUUUUGGUGUUUUUCUCCCCCCUUCUCCUCUCCUCUCCUCUCCCUCUUUCCUCCCCCUUUUCUCAGUGUUUUGGUGUUUUUCUCCCCCCUUCUCCUCUUCUCUCCCUCUUUCCUCCCCCUUUCCUCAGUGUUUUGGUGUUUUUCUCCCCCCUUCUCCUCUUCUCUCCCUCUUUCCUCCCUCUUUCCUCAGUGUUUUGGUGUUUUUCUCUGUCCGUCUGCAGGUGAUGAAAUGUUCUGGGUAUGGGUACUGACGGCUGGCGGUGGCGUGGUGGUGGGAGAUUGGCAAGGCGGUGAUUGGGUACAGUAGCGCUGCCUCUGUGGCUAACCUGUCGUUUCGCCGCAAGGCAUCCGCGUGCCUCCCGGGGGAACGGAGGGGAGCGGUGGCAGUCUGGAGGGGAGCGCCGAGUCUCAGAGCAAGCUGAUGAUGGAUUGGCCCUUUGCGUGUGCCUGUUUGGACUCGCUCUCCUCCCUCCUCUUUCUAUUUUUUAUCCUCUCUUUGGCCCGGGGGCGGGGAAACGAGUGCAGCACAAGGAAUUAACUUUGCCUUGAUUUGCUUUGAUCAGUGACUGGAGCUGGACUUGAGGACAAGGCCUGUUGGCUCCUUUCUAGGGCCUCUUUGAAUGCACCUUAUCCCCUGGCCUAUCCCUUUGUGUAAAGCGUUAGCUAGUUUCUAAGCGGCUUUCAGCAAAGUGUAAGCCCUCACAAGGUGGUCAGAUGAAUUCAUUUCCUAUUAGUUGCCUCUCUUUCUUCUUAUCCCUAGUACCAACAUUGUUUGGGUAUUACUGAAGGGUAGUGCGGUAGGCUACAGAUGGAGCUUGGUGUAGCCUAAUGCUAAUGAUAGCAUCCCUGUCUGAGUUCCUAGAGAUUGAAUUGCACUGUACUAAGUAAGCACACUGUUGUGGCUUGUGUUAGUUUCACUAUUUGAAUAGGAUAAAUUAGUGCCAUUAGGUAACUAUGACAUAAUUAUUUGAGCUGUAGGUAAUAGGCAGAGUGCUUUGGAUUGGAAGAAGUAAUAUGGGUCAUUAUAGUCUGUGUGUAUGUUUAGGGUCCCUGUCUUAGAGAGAUGGAGAGUAUCCUCAAAGGACUGAAGAUCACAGACAUCCUCAACCCCAGAGGCUUCCACAUCCCAAACUGUGACAAUAAGGGCUUCUACAAUAAAAGACAGGUAAGGAAAUCAUACAAACACACUGUAGGGAUAAAGAUGCCAUUUUAUGAGUCAGUCCCCCCAGGCUCCUUUGUAUUACUGAAUGUCAUAGCCAUGUUUCCACCAAGGAAUAUCAGCCCAGAUACCAGACCCACCUAUUUGAACAGUUUUAUAGAGGCAAGGAAAGUCACCCCCAUUGGAACAUUGUAACUACCAUCAUCUUCCCACUUACUCUUUCUUCAUCAAUGAAGAUUCCAAUGUCAUUGGCUCAUCAUGCGUACUAGAUUCAUAUCUGGAGCAGAUCCAUUCCUCCAGAUCUGCUGCAGUCGUCUUUCAUUUGUUAUUAGAGCCUCAUCACUUCUUAGCCACGCCAUUUGGGGUAGACCAUAGAGACAGACGGUUGGCUCUGGAGACAUGGAACCACAGACACAAGAAAGCACCCAGCGCGGCUCGAACGGCGGCCGUUUAACGUGAAGCCUCCCAGGGAGACAGACAUCAAGGUGGCCACCGGCACCCACUGCUCAUUCAAAUAAUUUCCUGACUUUUGAAAAAGCAGUGCCGAAAAUAGAAUCUUCAGCCAUUUCCCACAUUUGCGUGGUCCUGGUCCGCCCACAAAUGGUUUAUAAUAAAUGAGUGUCCCUGAUGCGUUCAUAUGGAGGCACUUAGUCCACCAGCGCCAUCAUCGCAUCCACCAAAAGCAAAGCAACAUUUCUAUUACACGCCACAGCACUGAGUCUCUUGCCUAAUGGACGUGCCUCUGUUUGACCUGCAAUCAUCUCAUAACCAGCUUUACCAAAACGCCAGGCUCAUUGUCUUUGUUUAUAUAAAAUGUACGUAUGUGUAUCCUCAGGGAUGGCAGGCAGGGAGGGAGUGGCAGACAUUUAAUGUCUGGGAAUUUACUUCUGCGGUUCCCAUGAGUCUCAGACUCAACAUGUCUUAUUAACUAUAAAUGUAUACAUAGUUUGGAGGAUAAAGUACAGCAUGUGGAGUUAGAUGGCGGAAAUGGCGAAGUGAUUAUGCAUGAGACUUGCAUUUAAAAUACCUUUUAAAGCAGCUUUUAAAUGCAUUUUUCUUGGGUUUGGUCUUCUUUUUAUUACUUUUAUUAGAUUCCCAAGCUACUAUUUAGUGGAGUUAUUCUUUGACUCCAAUGUUCCAACUUUUUAAUGACAUUGUCCUGAAAAUAUGACCAAACCUCUCAGCAUGUGUACUUUAAUAAAAUUAUAUUACUUGAUGGUUCAUAGAGAUUAAAUUAUAAUAAAACAUAAUUUGUUAGGAGAAGGGAAAUUACAUGAUAAUGGGUGCCAAUAUUAGAAAGUUAAGAUACAGUAGACAUGAUAGUCAUAUUUUGACUGGACAGUCCAAUACAUAAACUCUACUCUACCACAUCGCUCUCACAGGGUUGAGCUUAUCCUAUGGUCUCUGAGGUCAGAUACCUAGACACAUGUAAUAUCAAGCAGAGAAAGGACUGACUUCCGUUCUGAUCAACUCUUUUAGAGAGCGAUGCCAUUUGUUCGCCUUCCUUUGCCCUUCAAAUUAAUGGCUGCAUGUUUUACUAGAGAGGAGUCUGACCUUUAGUCAAAUUGGCAGUAAAAUAACAGCCCUUGGGUUGCUCCAGAGACUCUGUAAGUCAUUUGUAGUACCCAUAAUUUGGAGCUUUGGGGUAUAAUCAGCAACAGAUGAUUUGUACUGGCCACCGGCUCGCUGAAAAUAGAUAUUGGGUCUCAGUUGUUCACAAACGGGCCUAAGCAAAUAUUUGACCAGGUUUCUGUUUACCUUAAAGCUCUCUAUAUGUGUGUGUAACUGAAGGUAGACCGUAAAAGCAGCUCAAAAUACCACCAGCAUGCGUCCCAUGGCCAAGUCUCCUCAGGUCCUCAGCACAAAAUGGACGUUAAUGUCCUUAACCACUUCAUGUCCCACUUCAAGUCAUUUUAGAUGGCCAUUGUGCUAGAUGAUCUACUGUACGGCGUCUAUUGGUAAUUAUGUACGGCAUAAGCAUAAAUAUUUUUCUUGUACUCUCUCUCCAUGUAUGUAUCUCUCUCAUCUUCUCGCUGUAACCCUAUUCUGUGAAAGUAACACUACUGUAACCCCUCUGUUCUCUCACGCUGUAACCCUCUCUCUGGGAACUCCUACUCUCGAAAUUCCCUCGCGGGUACGUAACGAGUCUCCGCGCGACGCGUGGCGUCCAGAAAGACUGAGUGAAUAGUCGCAGGGUGGCCGCGCGGUAAGCGCGAUGCGGGUGAACUCUCGCCAGCGCCGCAAGAAGAGAGCCGGAAAUGAGUAGAGGGGAACGAGCGAGAGAUCGAGCGAAGAGGUAAGAGAGAGAGCGCGCCAGGCGAAAAGCGAGCGGAAAAAGCUCUCCGGAAAGAGGACGAGAGAGCGAGAGCGAGAGAGAGAGAGAGAGAGAGAGAGAGACGAGAGAGAUAUAUCUUCUAUAUAGAUCUCUUCUCUCUCUCUCUAUCUCUCUAUCUCUCCUCUCUCUCUCUCUAUAUCUCUAUCUCUCUGUAACUCUAUCUCUCUCUUGUUCUCUCUCUCUCUCUGUAACCUCUCUCUCUCUCUCUCUCGUAACUCUCUCUCUCUCUCUAUCUCUCUCUCUCUCUCUCUCUCCUCUCUCUCUCUUCUCUCUCUCUCUUGUAAAACUCCCUCCCUCUCUCUCUGUAACUCUCUCCCUCUCUCUCUGUAACUCUCGCUGUAACUCUUUUUCUCUCUGUAACUCUCUCCCUCACUCUCUGUAACUCGCUCUCUGUUUCUCUCUCCCUUUCUCUCUCCCUCCCUCCCUCGCUCUCUGUAACUCUCUCUCUGUUUCUCUCUCUCGCUUGCUCUCUCUCUCGCACUUUCUCUCUCACUCACACACACAGUGCCGUCCAUCCAAGGGCAGAAAGCGAGGGUUUUGCUGGUGUGUCGACAAGUAUGGGCAGCCAUUGCCAGGUUUCAACGGGAAGGAGAGAGGAGACGCCCAGUGCUACAACUCUGAGAGCCAAUAAGACCUAAGCAGCAAGAAGG